UCGUUAAACGACGCCGCGUGAGGUUAACUGUCUGAAUUUAUACUAUAUCUCUAAACGGGCUAUGACUGAACUAUUGAAACCCGAUGGCACGGAUCCGAUUACCGACCCGAAACGGCCAAUUCUUGUCAAUCCUCAAGCCCCUUCUCCAUCACCACUGCCCGAGUUCUAACCCUCCUAAAACCCUAACAAUGGCAGUAUCCCAAUCCAAUUCCAAACGACCCACUUGCCCAUCUUGCUCCAAACCACUACAACUCUGCCUCUGCACUCGGAUCCAGAAUCCGGGUCUUGAAAACAAAGUGGGCGUGACUAUUCUUCACCACAGCUUAGAGAAAAAACACCCUCUUAAUUCUGUCAGAAUAGCAAAACUAGGACUUCAAAAUCUAACUCUGGUCACUGUUUCUGAUGUUAAUUUCACUGCCCAGUUCGAUAUUGAGAUGCUCAAGUCAGGUUCGGGUUUAAACGAAUCGGAAAGUCCGGAUCUUUACGAAGAUUCGGGUUUGGGUAGUGAUAAUGAAUGCAUUUCUUUUAGCAUCAGCAAAUAUGGAGAAAUUGGUAAUAUAGAGGAAAAGCUAGCUUUUAAUCACAUUUUAGCUUCUGAUUUAGCUGUUGAUGCUAUAUCAAAGGGAUUUACAGUUAAAAAACUGCUUAAAAAGCUAGAUUUGGAGGAAAAUCAAGAAUUUGAAGUAACGGUACCAUCUGGAUCAGUACUUCUAUUUCCAAGUGAAGCUGCAGUUGGUGUUAGUGAGCUCAAAGAAAUGAAAUUUGAGGUAAAGAACUUGAUUGUGUUGGAUGGGACAUGGUCUAAAGCAAAGAGAAUGUAUAAAGAAAAUCCAUGGUUGAAGUUUGUGCCACAUUUGAAGUUGGAUUUGGACAAAUUGAGCUUGUAUAAUGAAGUCAGACAUCAACCAAAUGCGGGUUGUUUGUCUACUAUUGAAAGUAUUGUUUAUGCAUUGAAAGCAGUUGGAGAGGAUGAUGUUGAUGGUUUGGAUAAUCUUUUAGAUGUUUUCGAGUCCAUGGUUGGUGAUCAAAGGAGAUGUAAGAAUGAGAGACUGAGCAAAAUUUCUCCAUCAUGGUGAUAAUGAUCGUGGGCAAUUUUCAAAUCAAAGCACUCUUCUUGCAAUUUGUUCUUGAUCUUCAAGAAAAUAAUGUAAUUUACUUUGAAUUAUUCGUAUAUUAAAUCUAAUCGUUUUAUUUUUAUAA